AUGUCAGUUUCUCAAUUAUUAAAGCAAAGAGUGAGAUACUUACCUUAUUUAGAUAAAGUUAAAACUGCUGAUGAGUUAAUCCCAUUGUUUAAAAAUGGUAUGUAUAUAGGUUGGUCAGGUUUUACAGGUGUAGGUGCUCCGAAAGCUGUCCCUGAAGCUUUGUCUGAUCACGUCGAGAAAAAUAACCUUCAAGGUAAGUUGAGAUUCAAUUUAUUUGUUGGUGCUUCGGCAGGUCCAGAGGAAUUCCGUUGGGCUGAUAAUGAUAUGAUAAUUAAAAGAGCUCCACAUCAAGUUGGCAAACCGAUUUCAAAAGCUAUUAAUGACGGUAGAAUGCUUUUCUUCGAUAAACAUUUAUCAAUGUUCCCACAGGAUUUGACUUAUGGUUUCUACUCAAGAGAUAGAUCUGAUGGUAAAAUUCUAGAUUACUCUAUUGUUGAGGCUACUGCCAUUAAAGAGGAUGGGUCAAUUGUUCCCGGCCCUGCUGUUGGUGGUUCUCCUGAGUUUUUAAGUGUUAGUGAUAAAAUUAUUAUUGAAGUUAAUACAAAGACUCCAUCUUUUGAAGGUAUUCAUGAUAUUGACAUGCCUGUAUUACCACCAUAUAGGAAACCUUACCCAUACUGUAAAGUAGAUGAAAAAUCAGGUGUAAAUUCAAUUCCAGUGGAUCCAAAGAGAGUCGUUGCCAUUGUAGAAACACAUAAAACUGAUAAAGUUCCACCCAACACACCUUCUGAUGAUAUGUCCAGAGCCAUCGCUGGUUACUUGGUUGAAUUCUUCAGAAAUGAAGUUAAACAUGGUAGAUUACCAGAAAAUUUAUUACCUUUGCAAUCAGGCAUCGGUAAUGUUGCAAAUGCUGUAAUCGAAGGGUUAGCUGAUGCAAACUUCAAGCACCUAAACGUUUGGACAGAAGUCUUACAAGAUUCUUUCCUAGAUUUAUUCCAAAAUGGUACUUUAGAUUAUGCCACUGCAACUUCCAUCAGACUAACAGAAGACGGGUUUAACAGAGUAUUCAAUGAUUGGGAUAAUUUCAUGACAAAAAUGUGUUUAAGAUCUCAAGUAGUCUCUAACAAUCCAGAAAUUAUCCGUCGUUUAGGUGUGAUUGCAAUGAACACUCCCGUUGAAGUCGAUAUAUAUGCUCAUGCUAACUCUACGAACGUCAAUGGUUCUCGUAUGCUAAACGGUUUAGGUGGAUCUGCUGACUUUUUAAGAAAUGCAAAAUUAUCCAUCAUGCAUGCACCUUCUGCUAGACCAACUAAAACCGACCCCACUGGUAUAUCAACGAUUGUUCCAAUGGCAUCACAUGUUGACCAAACAGAACAUGACUUAGAUAUUUUAGUAACUGAUCAAGGAUUGGCCGAUUUAAGAGGACUAGCUCCAAGAGAAAGAGCCCGUGAAAUUAUUGAUAAUUGUGCACAUCCAGAUUACAGAGAUUUAUUACAUGACUACUUACAAAGAUCAGAACAUUACGCGGCUAAGCACAGCUGCUUACAUGAACCUCACAUGUUGAAAAAUGCCUUAAAAUUCCAUAUCAAUUUAUCUGAGAAAGGUACUAUGAAAGUUGAUUCAUGGGAUCCGGUUGAUUAA